AUCGGUUUGUGAAGAGACAUUUACCAAAAUAGAAAAAAAAACAUCUAUUUAUGAUGAACUGUUCCCGCAAAGAAUGAAAUGCACAUCACCUCUUAAACUGCUAUUCGAAUUGAACAUAAAAUGAAAUUUAAUUGACAAGCAUUGUUCCCCUUUACUAGUAAGGAUUUUUGUAAUUGCAUCUUUAGUAAUUUUCACGCAAGCGUAAGGUCAUAAGAUGUGGCUCAUUAGUUUUCUUCAAGAUGUGAACUCUUCAUCCUGCGAUUCGUUGAAUCGAGGGCCUCCACCUGAAAUUACUGCUAACAAAUGUCAAUCGAUAGCAAAUCCAUGACUUAAACAACAUGGUCCACGGAAACAAGUCUCGAUAAUGGUCUAACUUGCUUCGCUGUCAAUAUUAUUCGGUUACACUGUCCGUGAAUUAUGUAGACUUAGCAGAACGGUGAUUUUAGGAGAACAUGGACUCUAGCAGUUCAAUUUCGAGAUCAUUAAAACGAUGAAGCUCAUGCAUAAGAAAGGCCCUACACAAGGGGCAAGAAAUUUGUUUUCGUCAGCUCGAUGGAUUCUUGUUGUCUUGUUCCUGUCAACCUCGCAGCUGGUGAGAGGAGCUUCAGAAAAUUCACAUCCAAUACGAGACUCGAUGCUCUCACUGCAGUCCAGUCAGACGGACUCCGGGUCCUCGGUCCGCCUAGUCUCACCAACCCCCGUCUCCCCAGCAGCGCUGCGCAGUCAUGUCGUCACCGCCCCCCGAACACCACGACCAAGUUCAUCACCAACAUCCCCCUCUACCAGUCCGCAUUCAUUCCAUCGAUAUAAUUCAUCCUACAGCUCAUCUAUGAGAUCACUUUAUAAAGCAAAUAAUGGCUCAAUAAAUGUUAACCAAUCGGUAUCUUUUAAUAAUUUCAGCAAUUAUGCAUUGACACAUAAUGCACCAUCAAGUAAUUCUUCGUCAUCCCCCGUCCCGAGAUACCGACGACACACAUCAGAGCCUAACAGAGCGAUGAGAAAUUACGUUCUGGAGGACUUCUUGCAGUACAUUGGUUCAGGAGACGGAUCAAAAGAAGAAUGGCAGCACCAUAGCCGAGACACAGCUUGGUUGGAACUGCAAUCAGCUUCCAACAACGUUUUUUCCUCACCAACGUAUGCGUAUCUUCAAUCCCCAUACGUAACUUUUCCGAGUGCAACAUAUGUGCGCACCACAAUUGUUUCUACAGUGUAUAAAACAUCAACAGUUUACGCUACAACGAUGUACGCUGAGAAGACGCCACUCACAAUUUCAACUACUGCUAUUGAAAGCGCGCCAACAAAUACUUGGCAAGAAUUGUAUAGAAAUUGCACUGAACAAGUGGCUGCUCUGGAGUCAGGCAAUAAAAAACACUCGAAUAUUCUGAGUUCAAUAAUGCAUACAGCAUCAUUUCUUCAACAAACAACUGUCACAUCAGCGAUUGGAGAGAGUACGGUUGCUUUUUCGAUGGAUUCAUCCUCAUCCAUAUCAGAUAUCAAUGUUGAACCGACCGCACCAAUUUUUAUAGCACCAUCUCCUACGAUGACUAUCAGACAACCAGGAUCUACAAGUGUGGUGUCCCUGGACGGUUCAACUGAAGAUACUCAAGUGACUCAGUCGCUGCCACCUCUACAGUCCUCAACGUUUGGGGUUCACCUUACUGAGUCUCCAGAACUCACUCAUACGCCAAGCCUUCCUCCUAUUCAAACCAUCACUUCCUUGAUAUUUACCACACCAUCCUCAAAUUCGGUGACUAUUGAUGGGCUGAACAAUGAAAGCACACCUCAACUAUCUUCGUCCUUUAUGCCAGAAAAUGUUUCCUUUGAUGUUGACUUAUCUACGGAAGAGAACUUAUUCACAUCUGGAAGAACUCAAAGCGAUAGAUUUUCUAUGGGUAAUGAACUACCAACAACGGCAACAGUGUUCAAUUUCACUGAAGUCGAAAACUCAGUAUGGCUCAUAGAUAAUAGUAACAAUACUAACAAAGAACUAAAUGCAACAAGCUUCUUUCCAAAUGCUUCUUCUGUAACUCCUUACGUUCAAAAUGCUUCUGUCCUCACUGAGUACACUACGCCAGACGAUGCAAUAUUUUAUACGGAGAAUGUCUCAGAAUCGUUCAACUUUUCCGAAUUUGCUACCGAAUAUUUAUAUGAUCGAACAGAGGUUCCACACAGCACUGCCAGUUAUAUUAUGCCUUCCUCCACAUUUUCGUCUCCAUCAACUGAGAUAGUUUCGAACACUGAAAUGAAUGCAUCAUUUGCUACUGAUAUGACAGUUGGGGAUUUCAUCAACAAAACAUCUUUAUUUGGGCCUACUGAAACUAGUACACCGCACCUAUUUCCAACUUUGAUGACAAAUGAUCAUAAUCUCACUAGUUUGCACUCGGUUGACAACGUGUUCCAAGGUUCAGGUUAUGGAGAGUAUGCAACCACAUCUCCCUACAGCGUUUCACCCACCAUAUAUUCAACUAUUCCAUCUCAAAUAAAUCAAUCAUAUUCUAAUUCAAGUCAUUCUGCUGAAACAUUUCUCAAUACAACUCCUCUGUUCACUACAGCAAAUGCCACUACGUCGACGAGCACCGAAUCUUUCCCUUCCGAAAUAACAUCGAUAAAUACAUCAUUAUCUGAUCACAUUAAAACAAUUACGCCGUUGAUUUCUUCGUCUGAAGAAACUUCAGUAACUCCGACACCCAAGAUUAAUAUAUCCGAAGGAACUACGACAAUUCAUGAACAAUCGACCAAAUUAUCAACUGCGGAAAUAUCAGAUGAAACGUCCACGACAGAAUCCAUACACUCAGACUCUACGAGGCCUUCAACUACUCCACCAACCACGGAGUACUCGUCCACCUAUUCGACUAAAACCGGGAUGACCACUAUUCAAGAAGUGACUGAACAAACGAAUGCAAUACAAACUAAUCCAAUGACUGCCACCUCUUCGAUUACAACUGCAACGACUAUUACUCAUGAAGAGACUGAGCAAACGGACCCAAUAACUACUAUAUCUUCGACUUCAAUUGCAACGACUACUUCUAAUAAACUGACUGAGAGAACGGAUCCAAUAACUAUCACAUCGGUCAUAAGUACUGAAACAAUGCUAUCACCAACGUCUGCAGGAAUCACCACAGAAACCUCAGAUCACACUACAACUGGUGACUUCUCUGAGCAAUAUUACAAUACUCAGCUGUCAGAAACGACUUCUGCACAAACCGAGCAGGUAAAGACAACUGCAUCGUCAGUCGUAGGCAUUAAAUCAACACCAUCGAUGGUCGAUGAAAAUUUAACUCCAGAUCCUGAAUAUUGGGUUCGGACUGUGAUAGAAGGGAAGUUAGAUGAUUUUGAUUUGAACAAAAAUACGAUCGAAACUGGUCUAUCCGAAGUAUUUCGCUCUGCAUUUGGGGACGGAAAGAAUGAGGAUUCUGAAUUGUUGAAAACUCUUGGUGAACCAGUUACGUUUAACAUUCCCAGAAGUGACGAUAAGAUAUUGACAAACAACGUCGACAAUGAUGCCGAGUCACUUGACAAGUUGACACAUUCGUCUGACAGUAUUUCAGUGCGGCAAAGAAAGAGGCGAAGUUAUUCAAAUAAAAUGCUGCUUGCAAGCUCAAAGUGGAAGAAUUCUAUCUUUAUGUGGGCUCACCAACCUAAGGAUACGCAUAUUUUGUCGAGGCCCAAACGACAGUCGAGGAUGAGCCCCCUUGAGCCUGACGAACUGUCUCCAGUUCCAUCUGAAGAUUAUGACAAAAAUAUCAUUAAGCAGACCGGCCCAAUGUAUGCCACUGCGUCCCUCGCACGUAAUCUAAAAGAGAUAAAUGCAAAGAUUCACAACACCAGCUAUGAUGAGCGAGCAAAUGCUACCGAGAUUCUGUACGUGGUUUAUGAUGGAUCAACUCCAAUCCCAGCAGCAGAGGCUGUGGGCACGCUCAAGAAUAUAAUCAAUGCGAAAAUAUCUAAUGCCAUUGGAUACAAAGUUCAGCUUACAGAAGAGUAUUUACGGCACAAGAAUGGGGCAAGUCGCCUAACGUGGUUCGAAUCGAAUAUUUGGUUCUGGUACGUAAUCAGCAUCGCGAUUUGUCUGCUUCUGAUCAUCAUUAUUCUUAUCGGCUUGUACUGUCUCUACUGGAAAAAAACUUCUGGCAAAUCGGGUGAUUCGCCGGAAGCAGUAACUCGGCGCACUGCAAGAAUUUUCGGAGUGUCGGACCCAAAAUCUGACGUUGAGGAAGGAACGCUGUCCCGGCCUGGCCUUCAAUCAAUGGAAGCAGGGGAAGUAAGUAGCAGCAGCAGUAGUGAAGGAAUAGCAAACCAAGACACCGACGACAGUGCCUUGAGGCCUCAGACAAGAGGAUCUCGGCGACGGAGGGACCAGAGUGAGGUGUCCCAGUGGCAACAAGCUGCUAAUCCACAGUAUGGGGAUCCGCCUCACCGCCACCUGCCUCCACCCCGACUGCCACGACUGGCAGCGCCCCUACACACGCUGCCAUACGCAGACCUGCCCCCCAGCAUAUUGAGCCAGACACGUUCUCGGAACAAGAGGGAUACUUCUAGCGAGGAGCAUACCUCGGUACCCGAAACAGACACCGACGAGAGCUCGUUCAUCGGUCGUCCCGGAAGUUACAGGAGGAUCCGCAAGCGUUUCCACGACCUCCUUGCGGAUGCCUUCAACAUCUUAGACGGCGGGCACCGGGCAGACCGCGUCAACACUCUGGCGGGGUACGACAACACCGCCGCUGCCGAUGAUGACCUCGCGCGUCCAGUGCCUUCUACGUCUGGCAGGAGCUCAGCGCCCCCUUCUGCGCCGCCAGAGUUGGGUCGCCCCCCAGCGGACGUUGCCGGUUGGGCGGGUGGAGACCCACAGCAUGUCGUCAGACCCCGGUCCGCAGCAGACUUCCUUCAACAGACCCGUGUACAGCCCAUAGACGAGUCCUCAUACUGCACCACCUCGGGGGCGCCGCUCCCUGCGUGGGGGGAGGCCGGGGUGACCAGCAGCCGCCCCUCCAGCGCCCGCUGCAUCACCCCCGUCGGCGUCCCCGCCCGCAGCUCCCCGCCCUCCCGUGGUCCCGCAUCUCCUCCCCACAUCACCUCCCCUGCAGAAGCUGCGCUUGCAGAGUCCCUGGGUCUGAGGGUCGGGGACCCCGCCGUCCCCCUCAUCCGGGACAUCAAGGAGACCCUGAACACCUUCCGAGCCCGCGGUCUCCCCGGGCCCAGACAUCAGCGCUACCACGAAGCGUUGGCCCACGAACCUCAAAAUUAAUGGAGAUUUGCAAAAUUUUUAUUAAAAAUAUAUAUUACGAGUGUGUAGACCGCUAUAAUUUAAGGCUUAGUUAAAAAGAUACUAAUUAAAAUAUUAAAGAAUUACCUGAAAAAUAUCUGGAUGUCGGACUAUAUAAAUCCAUGGUAUAAAAAAUGCUCAAAAAAGAGCGACGAUCAAAAUUAUUUCAAUUCUUUUACUAUUGUCUUAGUACAAAGAAUAUUUUCGUAAUCAUUUUUUUAAAUUAACUAAAAAUUCUAAAUCUAAUCAUUAAUGUAGACAACAUUUUUCGAUUUGGGAACAUUUUCGAAAAAAUGCGAAAUAAUCCGGAGUCUUUAGCAACACUCAGUGAAAACAACAGCUAUCGUGUUGGGAACUUCACAUAACCCAAAGUUUGUCCAAAUGCCGAUCAUGAAUAGAAGCAUUCAUACAGCGACCCCGGUAGUAAUAUUUAUUGGAUCAAAAUGGGUAAAAUUGGAGACUCAACUCCGGGUGUGAAAAUUUUUUGUUUGCAUUUUUACCGGAAAUUUUUUUUUUUCAUUUUUACCAAUGUGAAUAUUUGUCGACGUGCAUACUUGUCGUUUGUUGUGUAUAUGUAUAUAUUGUAAAUACGAACUGCUAUAAAUUAAAAUGUUUUUCUAACCUAGAAUUUUAUGAUGACAAAAGAGUGGUUUAAAAAAGAAAAUGGGAUGAACUGUGUAUGUAAUAAGUUUGAAAUCUACUUUGAAAAAUAUGUAUAUACUUUGACUGCUUUGUUAUACACCUAUAAAUUAAACUAUUUCAACGUUUGUAAUAAAAUCUGAUCUUGGCUUGUAAAUUUGAAAAUAUUGCAACAUUGUUGUUUCAAGAUUUACGCUUAUUGUCUUUUAAGGUUUACUGAUUUAAUUUGACGUUUAUGAAAAAAAUAAUACGUAAUUGCCGGAUUUUUUUAAAGAAUUUUGUUAUAGCUAAUCGCGACUGCAGAUCCUUGUAAUAUUUCAGACCAAUUUAUUAUAGUAAUUGUUUGUACGCCGUUGUGAUGAAGAUGGUCCGCAUAACUUUAAACCGCUUACAGACAUUUCAUAUUUUCGUAUUGAUUCAAUGUUAUUGGCUCUUUUGUUUAUGCAUGACAAUUUCUGUGAUGCAUAACGUAUAAUAUAACAUUUUAUUCGUAUGUUGAAAUUUCAAAUCCAAUGUUUCCAAGUAUGACAAACGAAGCCUGAUAGAAAACGUAAUUGACGACAAUUUAAAUACACAUGAAUAUUCGUACCCUACACUUUUUGUUGCUCUGUGAGGGAUUAGCAAUAAGAGUUCCAUCUGUGUGCAAAAUUUCAGUGUAAAAAGUAAAAAUUAAUGACUUCCUGUGUGUUGUGGAGGAAACCAAACAUCAAAACGUGAGUACAAAUCCGUUUCAAACCCGCAAUUUUGUACCUAUACCCUCGAGUGUUAAACAUCAAAACGAGUCGGAAA